AUGAUAUCAGAUUUAAUUACAAUUAAUGGUUUUGAAGACAACACAUCCUAUUCACCUUUAUUGGCUAGUUGUGAUGAUAGAUUUAAGUACAAUACAGUUCUCGGAAUAUUCAAGGAUAGCAGUAAAUCUGGUUCAAUUCAACUAAUAGAACCAUAUAUAUCAAUAGACGGCUACUUAGACGCGUCAAUUAUACCACUUGAAUUUAAAGGCGUCGAAGAAGAUUUCAUUUUGCACCCACUUGGAAUUGAGAGCUCACCAUCUAAUAACAGGAGAAUAUUCGUUGUCAACCACGCCAGGAAUAACUCGAAAGUUGAAGUAUUCGACAUUGAUUAUGAUCUUGGUAUGGCCAACCAUAUCUUCUCAAUUGAGGACCCUUUGAUUAAAACUCCAAAUUCGAUAGUCGCCCUUAAUGAUAACACUUUUUACGUAUCAAAUGACCAUUAUUUCAGUUUAAGGGAUCGAUCUAUAAUCGGAAAAAUACUCAAUUGGCUUGAAACAUUCUUGAGGUUACCUUUGGGCUCGGUAGAAUUAGUCAAAUUUGACGAGAAUACCGGCGCAGUUGAAGUUAAUCAUGCACUGCAAUAUAUACCCUAUGCAAAUGGAAUUACUUUAGUUGGCAAUUAUUUGGCGGUUGCGUCCACAAACAAUAAUCAAGUUUUAUUAUAUAGUAGAGAUAAUUUGGACUUUAUUAGAUCAAUUCACUUGCCUUUCCAUGUCGAUAAUCUCAGUGUUGAUAGUAGAACUGGUAAUUUAAUAGCUAGUGGCCAUCCUCAUUACCCAACUUUGAUCAAAUAUGUGAAAAGUGGAGGUCAGUCUGAAAAACCUCAAAGUUGGGUUGUAGAGAUUGUAUUAGACAAAAAACAAGAUGAUGUUGAAGAUACCAGGAAUAAAGCAAUGGUAGCUCAAAGGAGGUUAUUAAAAGGUAACAAAGAUGAUACAAUAAACUCCAUUUUACAAUCAAGCGGUGAAUACAUAAAUUCAAUAACAAAAUUAGAGAAAAAUAAAGAUGCACUAUUCGCUAGUGGUUUAUAUAUGGAUGGAAUUCUAUCUUGUAAAAUAUGAAUUUUUAUUUUAGUUGGCC